AUGUGGAGACAGACAUCAUUAGCCUUGCAGCCAGAAGGAAUACCGAUAAAUUAUGUAGAAAUAGUUUAUAAAAAUGUAGAUGAUUUAUGUUCGAAGUUAGUAGAAGUAAAUGCAAUUAUUGAAAAUAAUAAACCAGAUGCAAUAUGCAUCACUGAAUCUAAAAUGGAUCCCUCCGUUGGCGAUAUAACAUUAGGACUCAGAAAAUACAAUAUUUGGAGAAAAGAUAGGCCAAGUACGGGAUCAUCUGAGCUUAGCUCUUCUCUCAUCGGCGAAGCCAAGUUGUUUACAUCGGGAGCAGCACUUCUGCGGGCAAGGGUAAAGUCCAAAGAUGUGAGUUCCAUAUCCCGAACUGAUGAUCAGGCAUCUUCAAGAAUGUCUGAUGAGAGUGACUUGGCAAACUUUCAACUUCUUGAGAUCAAGGAGGGAGAAACCGGGGAAUGCAUCGUUCUUGUGGACAGUAGGGAGAGGGAAGAAGUCCUGUACAUAAACUCAAAUUCUUGUUCCAUUUCAUGCCAGACAGACCCUCUAUGUCUGUUGCAAUGUUCUUAUAACCCUCUUUGCAGCAUUCCCAUGUUCUUUUGUGCCUUACCAUUUCCUGGAGAAGCCACAACUCAGUGUACAAUUCCUGUAAAGGUGGAUGUUGGAGUAGGGACAAAUGCAGCACACCAUUCCUGCUCAGAUUCUUCCAAGAGAAUAGAAAAAAAAAAUUACAAGUCAGACAGUCCUGAAGUGCCAGUUAAGCAGGGAUGUGAAGUACAGAAUCUCAGAACAACUGCUGAUGGUGAUACAUUGAAAACACAGAGGAGCCCAAGUAAAGCUGCUGUGGUUGAAAUAUGGAACAAGGAAGCUGUAAGCAUAGUUUCAGAGGUGAAAAGCAGUGAAUGCUCAGAAGAAAAUUGCAAGAAGCAAGACACUGCCAGCAGCUGUGUCAAAUCUUUAGAAAUUCUUCAAAUAAAAGGUAAAAGAGGAAGAAAAAAGAAAAUUGUAGCAGAAGAAUCAGUAGAAUCAAAAGAGGUGAAAAUCAAGGCAUUUAAAGCCAACACUACUGAAGAAAAGAUUUCUAGAAGACGCAGGAAGAAAAAACGAGAUGCUGACUUCGAAUAUGAUCUUAGUGACAGUGAGGAUGGAGCUAAAAUUAAGCUUGAGGUUGAUGAUGAUGAUACAGAUAAAGACUGGAUGGUGAUGAAGGAGGUUGCAUUAGUUGAAGAGGAAAAGAGCUUGAUCAAUGAAUUAAUUUUGCAAGAGGAAAGCUCUGCUUCAGAACAGGGCCUUCGAGUGCCGGCAGUGAAGAAGGAGGGUUCUGAUGAGAGUGUGUAUUAUAAUAGUUUGAUAGAUGCUGUAGCCAUGGAAUAUGGUGUAAGCAGUGAUGACUCUGAGGAAGGAGAAGAGGAGUGGCAUGAUGAUGAUAGUGAUAAAAUGGGUGAUGAAGAGAUCACCUCUCACAAUAGUCAGGUCCUUAGGGUUGGCAUCACUGACCUUGUCCCAGAAAAAACAAAAGACUUCUCAAAGCAGAAUAAAAAACAUUUAGAGAAAUCUCGAGAGAGAUACCACAGGGAGAAAGUUGUAAAUAAGGAAGGUAAAGUGUCAUUUAAGUGCUUGAAAUGUAAUGAAGAGUUUGAUAUGCGAACUCAGCUAAAUGAACAUAGGAAGGUACAUACACGAAAAAUUAGGAUUUAUGAAUGCAACCACUGUGAUAAGGUAUUUAAUGAUGCACGAAAGUAUUACUCUCAUUUGGCUUUUCAUGACCGUCUUUUUGAGUGCCGCUCAUGUGGCCGUAGAUUUUCACUCCUUGGUAACUUGAAAAAGCACAUUACCAUACACCAAGGAGCUCCUGAUCAAGUCUGUGAUGUGUGUGGUUUUCAGUUCCUAACACCAGAGCAGUUAAAGCUUCACCAAGAGGCCCAGCACAGUGGUGACCACAUACGCACAUAUACUUGUAAAUGCAUCCACUGUGGGAAGGAGUAUGUAAGAGAGGAGGCCUUCCAUCAACACAUAAGCAAAGGUCCUUACAUUUGUAGCAUUUGCAAUGAAUCUUUAGGAUGUGAAUUUCAGUUACAGAAACAUGUCCGCUAUCAACACAACCAGUGUGUGUGUGAAUAUUGUGGGAAGUCUUUCAAGAAAAACUCACUUAUCCAUCAUAUAAAAUUGGUUCAUAAGGAAGGUAAAGUUCAAUGUCCACACUGCCCCAAGAAAUUCACAUACCGUUGCAAGAUGCUUGCUCAUAUUGAUGCCAAUCACUCCAUAGAGAAAAAAUAUAAGUGCAAUCAUUGCAGUUAUACAGCUCGAACUGUUAAUACUCUUAAUUUACAUAGGCGCAGGUGUCACAUGGAUCCAAACAAGCUUCGGAAUUAUGUAUGCAAAAUUUGUGGGCGGAAAUUCUUCUUACCCUCAAAACUUACUCUGCACUAUAGAACACAUACAGGUGAAAAACCUUUCAAGUGCCAAACUUGUGGUAAAGGCUUUGCUGCCAAGUAUAAUAUGAUGGAGCAUGAAAGAUGUGUGCAUGGUGAACGUGUACAACUCAAACAUCCUGAUGGCAGUACCACAGUCCGUGUUGUAAAGCACCGCCGAGCCCCAAGAGCUCCAGGGCGCAGAUGUGACCUGUGUGGUGUUGAUUUUCCUUCAUCCUCUGCAGUCCUCCAACACAUGAGUGAAAUACAUGGGGCUGAGGCUUCUGCUGAUGAUGCUCUAGCAAAUGUAAGAGCAAAUAUCAAGGUUGAAGGUCAGAGUGAGGAGGCAAACAGAGAGAAGUGCAUGGUAGUUGACAGCCAGUAUGAAGUAAUGGCUGGCAGUGAAGAUGAUAUUAUACUAAGCUCUUCAUCAGGCAUGGUGAGCAUCCGUGCAGAUGCCAUUCCAGAGUAUGCCACUCAUGUGGAGAUUGAUGGCAUUGAGUAUCAAGUAGUUCGCCAAUAGAUAGUUUUAACAUAUUUCUAUUCUAUAUAAAUUAUCUUUUUUAUUUCAAGUUUUGAAAAAUCAGAUAUGUUUUAUAAAGUUGCAUUGAUACUACUAGAUGUAUGUUUUUACCAACUUAUUUGUGUGAUUUGACAUAUUUUGUUAAUGGAGUUUUUCAUACCCAUAUUAGAUUUAUUUCAGAAUGUAAGAAAUGGUAAUAUGGUAUACGAUAUGUGACAGUGCUAUGUACAGAAAAUAGUUGGUUCUGCAUAAAGAAGUAGGGAGGAGA